UUCAUAUUGAAAUUAACAAUGGACAAAGAAAACAUUUCCAAACAGUUUUUUAUUUUAUUAUUAUUAUUAUUGAGAAUGCAGGUUUUCUAUUCAUGUUCAUAAUUUUUAGAUUGUUGGGUUUGAAGUUUGUUUGAAAAUUUAGUACCGAACACAUUAUAUUAAUUUGGAAACUUGUUUCUAAACAAAAUUCAUAUAUUUGGUAGUGUGUAUCCGGAUGGAAAAACUGGAACUGCUUUUUUGUUGUUUGGAACUGAGUAUCCGUACAUAUUUCACUUGUUUAACACUAAGUGUCCGAAGCAAUUUAAUAUUUUUGAAAUUUAAUAUCCAGAUGUAUUUAAUUUGUUCGGUAAUGAAUAUCUGGAUAGAAAAGUUGGAACCAAUUUUUUGUUGUUUGGAACUAACUAUCCGGAGGUAUUUAAUUUGUUCAGUAAUGAGUAUCUGGAUAGAAAAUCUAGAACUAAUUUCUUAUUGUUCAGAAUUAAGUAUCCGAAUAUAUUUCAUUUAUUCGGCAUUGAGUAUCCGAAUGAAAAAUCUGGAACUAAGUUUUGUUGUUCGCAACUAAGUAUUUAGACAUAUUUCAUUUAUUCAACACUAAGUUUGUUCCUUUGUUGUGACGGGUGAUGCUAUGGUACAUUUAGAUGUAUCAUACAUUUAGUUAUGAACUUAUAUGAUUUUAUGUCAUAACCAAUAUCAUAUUAGUCAUAACCGCUAUCAUAUUGACUCAUAACUUAGUUAUAUUCAGUUAUUUAUUUAUACCAUAUUGCCUUAUAACCAAGUCAUAACUAAAUUACUUAAAUAAUUUAACUCUCAAAUAGGCAACCGGUGUAGCCGGUUAGAAGGGGAAACAAAAUUGAAUCAGUCGUGUUUGGCUCUCUUGGCUCUUCUCCUCCCUCUUCUCUUCCGCCAUAGCUGAAGCUUCCAAGGAUCACCAGCCUCGUCGGCGAUCCAGGUUUCAGCCAUGUUGACAUCUUCUUCGCAAGCUCUCACUCUCUGGACGUCUCCACCAUGGGUUUGUGACCAAAGACCUAGUCAUCGUCUUUUCCCUUCCCUUCCAGUCGAAUCGAAUUUUUCCGAGAACUCUUUUCCGUCGUUCAGAUUGAAAGAGGCUCUAGAGUAUGCGAAGAGCGCUGAAUUGGGUGAAGAUGCGAAGGAUGUUUGGGUAUUUGAUAUCGAUGAGACUCUGCUUUCGAAUCUUCCUUACUAUGCUGAUCAUGGUUUUGGGUUAGAGGUUUUUGAUGGUGUGGAGUUUGAUAAGUGGGUUGACAAGGCUAUGGCACCUCCAAUAGAGUCCAGUCUGAAGCUUUAUGAAGAGAAACUGAAGUUGGGAUUCAAGGUUUUCUUGCUUACCGGGCGCAGUGAACAGCAAAGAGGUGUUACUGUUGCAAAUUUGAUCAAUUUGGGCUUUCAGGAUUGGGACAAGCUCAUAUUGAGAGCAACUGAGGACCAUGGGAAGCUAGGGACAAUAUACAAGUCGGAGAAGAGGAAUGAGAUGGUGGAAGAGGGAUACCGGAUUUUGGGCAACUCUGGAGACCAAUGGAGUGAUCUUUUGGGUUCAUCAGUUUCCAUCCACUCGUUCAAGCUCCCAAAUCCCAUGUAUUAUAUUCCCUAAUUGGAUAGGCUCCUAUUAAGCUUUUCUAAUCCCUUCUAGUCAAUCAAAUAUUUGUACAUUCGAUUCAUUGACUGAAGUUUGCAAUUAAUAUAU